UUCAGCCGUCAGCACAACAACAAUGAAGACAACACAACCAACAACAAUAACAUUAAUUCCAUUGGGCGAAUUUUGUUACCCGGGUUGGUCAUCUGGAGUGUGUUCCGAUCCGAAUUCUCGUUGCUUAGGAUCAGGAGAGGAAGUGUAUUUCUGCUCAUGUAUUUCUGGAUACCAUGGCGUAAAUGGAACUUGUUUUUUAAAUCAAGACGUUACGACAAUGAAAACGCCACCACCAACAACAGUUACAUUGAUUCCAUUGGACGGAUUUUGUUACCCGGAUUUGUCAACAGGAAAUUGUUCUGAUCCACAUUCCCGCUGUGUGGAUGGUGGAGAAGAAAUAUUUAUCUGUUCCUGCAUAUCGAAAUAUCAUGAUAUAAAUGGAACUUGUGUUGUAGUUCAAGGUACUCCAUUUACGUAUACGUAA